AUGAAAUUCCGAUCAUUUUCAUAUAAUCUCUUUCAUCUGUUUCCAACAGAGUUUAACACCUUUUUGGUUGAUAAACAAGUGAAAAUGGGAGAAGACGUGCUCCUGCAGUGUGAGAUAAACACAGGAAAAUUGAACGUGAUAUGGGAAAAGAACGGCCACAAACUGGAUCGUGUGGAAGGCAAACACAACACACGAAAAACUGGCACAAUGAUUUAUCUGGAAAUCAGGAAUGCUGAAGCAGGAGAUGAAGGACACUACACUGUGAUCAUAGAGAAUUCAUCAUGCCGUGUCUCGUGCAAUGCCAAUGUCACUGUUGAACUCAAUCCAUGGAGAACCAUCCAGUGUAGUCAAGAUCCAAUGAUCGGCUACCUAAAGACCUUAAGAAUUAGUCGGGAGGAUGUCAGGGACCUCCGCUUCCUCCUGCAUGGACCAGUCGGAGCAGGGAAAUCCAGCAUCAUAAACACUGUCAAAAGCAUAUUUGAAGGAUUUCAGUUCAUCAACUGUCUGGCUGCACCAGAAGUAACAAAGGCCUUUACAGUAAAAUUUAAGAAGUACAGUCUUGGGAAUGUACCUUUCGUCAUGCAUGAUGUGAGGGGUCUAGAAGAUGGAGAUACGAAAGGGGUGCACACUGAAGACAUCAUCAACGCUUUAAAAGGCCACAUAGCUGACAACUACGCAUUUAACCCUGUAGAUCCAAUAUUUACUACAAGCAGAUACUACAUCCACAACCCCACUCUGAAUGACCGGAUGCACUGUCUAGUGAGUGUGAUUCCUGCAGACAGAAUUUCCAUGAUGGAGGAUGAAGUCAUCCAGAAAAUGAAGGAGAUCAAAGCAGCAGCGAGUAAAUUAGGGAUUCCUCAAGUGCUGUUCAUGACAAGAGUGGACCAAACGUGCAGGCUGACACAGAACGACCUGGGUAAGAUCUACCAAAGCAAGAAGAUCAAGGAUAAGAUGAAGGAGUGCAGUAACAAGCUGGAUGUUCCAUUGAGCUGCAUCUUCCCUGUGAAGAACUACAGUGAGGAGACCAAGUUCGAUGAGAAGCUGAACUGCCUGAUGCUGGAAGCCUUCACUCAGAUUGUGCAUUCAGCUAAUGACUACGUGAAAAGAUCAAAUGAGGAGAAUAAUAUGGAUUGAGUUUUAUUUAUGACUGUUAGCAGGGUGUAAGAUAGCAAUGAGGGAUGCUGUUUGUAAAAUAGAGCCCUAUAAUAAUAGGGCUACCUGUAUAAUUAGAGA